CCAAAACAUGGCCGCUGUCAUUGAGUGUAAAUGUCUAGACCAUUUUAAACGCUUGGUUUUCUUUACUAUCGCCUUCUUGGUCGUUGUGUAAAUUUAUAUUUGAAUAGUAUAUUUUCAUCGGAUGUUAGAUGUGUCGAUGACAAAAUGAUGGAAAGAAAGAUUCGAUUAAAGACAGUAAAUCCUAAUAUAACAUGUUAUCUAUGUAAAGGUUAUCUAAUAGAUGCUACAACUAUAACAGAAUGUCUUCAUACUUUUUGUAAGAGCUGCCUUGUCAAGUUUCUAGAAGAAAACACAACAUGUCCAAAAUGUCAUCUGGUGAUCCACCAGAGUUAUCCUUUAAACUAUAUCAGUUUUGAUCGAACAAUGCAAGAUAUUGUUUACAAACUGGUACCAAAUCUUUAUGAAAAGGAAACAAAGAGACAGAUUGAAUUUUGUAAGAAGAGAGGAAUACAAUUUCCAGAGAACAAUAUCCAGGGAUCAAAUGAUAAUGAGAGUAACAAUACAGAGCCACCACCAACUGAAGAUAAAGAUUAUCAUAGAAGUGAUGAUCAAGUUAAUGUUUGUUUAGAGUGUAAAGGUCAAUUAAAAACUUUAAAACGUAAAUUUUUACGUCUCUCAUCCCAUGCUACGAUAGCACAGCUCAAAAAGUUCAUAGCUCUCAAGAUUUAUAAUAAUCAGUCCAAGUAUAAAGAUGUAGAUAUUUUAUGUAAUGAAGAAAUUCUAGGUAAAGAUCACACAUUAAAAUUUGUUCAGGUGACCAGAUGGAGAAGUAAGGAUAGUCCUUUAUUACUACACUACAGACCACAGAUCACCAGCUUAUGACACAUAGUUCACUUUAAAUUAUAACUGCUCAAAUUAUUUAAUAUACAUAAUGUACAUUAUUAUAUGUAAAUAUAGAUAUAAUCAUAUUUUAUACUUUAAAAGAAACUGUAUGAUAUAUGAAGAGCCCCGGGAAAGAACGAUCUAAGUCACUUUUUCAACAAACCCCAGUUAUGGUGCCAUUUCAGGUAAAAACGAUCAGAGUCACAUCGAACCAAGGCCCUAAUGAAAUGGUCUCCCGGACAAAUACGUCCAUCGUACUCUUUAUUUGACCUUAAUUUGGCUGCAAAGUUGAAGUCAGUUGUUGUACUGGUAAUUAUGAUUUGUAUUAAACAUCAUUUUGAAGUUGUAAUUAAACCCACUCGUUGUUCUGUUCGUGUCAAGCAUUCUCGUCCUUUUUACCUUUUAUGCGAAAAGACAAAAAUGUGACUUAGAUCGUUCUUCCCAUGGACUCUUCAUAUUGCAGAAAUAGUAAGAUAACUGCUAUAUGUAAAUAUAGAUAUAGUCAUAUUUUAUACUUUAGAAAAAAAACUUUCUGUAUGAUAUAUGGCAGAACUAGUAAGAUUUACUGCUUUAAUUUCUAUGUUCAUUAUUAUUGUAAGUCAUACAAACUUUGUUAUACUGUAAGGCAAGCUACAUUAUCACACAAGUCAUACAAAUUUGGUUAUGCUGUAAGGUAGGCUACAUUAUCACUCCAGUCAUACAAACUUGGUUAUAUUGUAAUGCAGGUCUGGAAAUAAUGAUUCUAGUCGUACUGGACAAAAUCUCGGGCAUUAAUGAAACAAUACCAGACAUUUUGGGAAUACUCAAUUGAACGUUCCGGAAUUAAAUUCACUCAACCCCCAAAAUAGUGACAGUCAAAUGAAAAGAGGGAUUUUUGGGCCACAACCCAUGCACCGACUAUAAAAGGAAAUAUCUCAAACAACCAUGACAGUUGAAACAUAUUUGUUGUGUUCAAUUACGUCAUGAUUCUAAUCACACCACCUCAGUGGUCAGGACUGAAUUUCAUGUUACUCAAUUGCAAUUCUGUCAGUUCUGGACGUUCCAGCCUCACAAUCGAGCAUCCCCAUUGAAUCUGGUUCCAGAGAUGUAUUAAAACACGGAUAAAAAGUAAAUCUGUGUCGGAUAAAAUAACGGGAUUGGGCCUGACAAAACUUGUAUUUAUUAAAGCGAGAAUUGCAUAUUUUCUAAGAAAAUCAAAACAUAAUUAUUUCUAUAUCUAUUUCUUAAUAGGUUGUCAAAUCACGACUAUACAAUCAGAGCAAUCAUUUUAGCACUUAAAAAUCAUUCACGUAAAAAAUGGAAAUAAUUUUUACUUGUCGACGGUAUUUGGAAAUUGUAUCGAUUUCUUUUCACUGAAUAACUAAGUAUAAACAAUGGAAGAGAGAGUUGUCUUGAUUGUCAAAGUCUGUGGUUAAACAGAUAAGAAUAAUGAUGCCUGGUUGAGCGAGGCUUUUCAAGCUUGCUCACGUGAUAAUAACACCUUAAAAGUCAACGUUGGAUUUAUAAAGAAAAUGAUAUAUUUGCCAAUUUCUCAACGGACACAAGUGAAUUAUAGGAUUUAGGAUUAUUAUUCAACAAGUUAUGCCUUAUUUCUGUGGAUGCCAUGUAUUUUAUGGCUUUAUUUUAACAUAUUUUAAACAUAUGACUUAAUAAAAUGCAAUUCUCGCUUUAAAGCUAUCAAUAAAUACACUGAUAGAAGACAAGUCGGGUUCAGAUUAAAUGACAGACACCAGAUAGAUUGUGACUGAUAAAGUUUGAAUCUGUAGUUGAGAAUGUCUGAGAUAGUUGAUAUAUUUCCAGGCUUGUGUAGUAAGGCAUGAUUAACUAUUGGCUGUGUUAGAAAAAAAAAAGGGCAAUAUAGAUUAGGAAGAUUCUUAGUAAUCAAAAUGGAAAUUUAGCAAUGAAAUGGCAUUAAACUAGUUGUUUUAUAUAUGUCUUAAUACUUUUAUACAUAAUUUACCAAUAGAUUUACUCAGGCUUUAUAAAUAUAUAAAUUAUUAUUAGUUAUUCCAGAUGUUUGUAAAUAUUUAUAGGUUCAAGAUUUAUAUUAAAAGAGGGCAAUUAGCAGCAGCAUUUAGAUGGCUUCAACUGUAAGGUUAUAGAUAAAUAAUCGUAAAACUGGUAUGACAUCAUGAAUGUUAUGGUAAAUGACGAUAAGAAUCUAUUCCAUAUAGAAAAUACCACAGGGUGAGGCCAUCUCCCCUCCAUCAAUGUGUAACUAUUUGUCAACCACUUUACCAAAAAAAAACAUUGUUUGUUUCUUCAAUUCAAAACAGGGCAAAUAGUUAUGUUAUUUAUUUAGAUGGCUUCAAAUCUUCGGUUAUAGAUAUAUAUUUGUAAAACUGGUAUGACGGUCCCAAAUGGGGUAGUGUAUGUGUGUUUUGUUAAUAUUUAUUGGGUCCACAAGUGAAUGUUGGGACCUUCAACUUUCCUGGAUGGUAUCUACCAGUGGGUCCUGUUGGCUUACAACUUUUCUUGCUGAAUUUUAAACACUGGUAUGACCACGUGAAUGUAAUGAGGAAUAUGUAAAUAUUUGUUUACUCCAUUACUGCCCCCAUAUUGUUAACUAAAAUAGCUGGAAAACAUAAAAAAAAAAAAAAAUUUUUUUCAUAAACAAUAUUUUAUUCUGGAUACCUGAAUGGGACUAGGGAACAGUUUAUCCUAUAUGAAACCCUUCUCUCUAGAUGGGUCCAAUAUGCCGUAUGUUGUAUAAAUAAAGAUUGGUUGGGGAAUCCCCUCAUCAUAGAUAUAGAUAAAUAUACAUGUUUAGGUUGAUAUCUUGUAUAUCUUGUAAAAUGAGAUGAUGUUGAAGUUAAUUACAUGUAUUUUAAAGUGAAUGUUUAGGCUAGUCUUACAACCUUGUAGAAUACCGGUUAAUGUCUGUCUUUGUGUUUUGUUUUUAUCUAUUUUAGUGCUAUUUUAAUCUUUACAGUUUUUAACUUGGCUUACAGAAGCUUUAAUAAUGUGUUCACUGCCUUAUUAUAACAAUUUAAGAAGAAUUUAGAUUGAUGCCUUUAUUUUGUCUUCGAAAAUCAAAAGCAGAUACAGGGAAUCUGUCUUUAAAUGACAAACUGUAUUCUUACAGUUAACAUAAAGCUGCUGUUCGUCAUGGAUUCAUUUUCUAUCAGAUCUAUAUUUCUGACAAAUGUAGAUAGACCACUUUAAUUAAAGAUGCAUUAUGUAAGAUUUAGAUAAAGAGCUAGCCGUUCUUGCUAUAAUAGUUCCAAAAUAGAUAAUUCAAAAUUAAUAUAUUGAAAAUUUCAUUCCAUUUACUUUAUUCUGAGUGAAGUUAUGAGUAUUUGAAGUUCUGACAAAAUGUGUCAUAAAUUGUUUAUUAUUAUAGCAAUGUUACUUGUUAAUCAAAACUCGGCCUCGCUUCUCCAUUUUUAUACGCCCACAUUUAAAUGUGGUCGUAUAUUGUCGUGGGUCCGGCGUCCACAAUUGCUUGUGGACGCUCUAGAGGCUAAAGUUAAUAUCCGAUUGACUUUAAAUUUAUACACAGUGUUUAAGAUCAUGAGACGAAGAAGCCUAUUGAUUUUCAGCGAUUUCCGAUAAUUACACAGUGUUUAAGGUCAUGAGACGAAGAAGCCUAUUGAUUUUCAGCGAUUUCCGAUAAUUACUACCAGAGUUAUGGCCCUUGAUCACUUCAAAAAAUCUUGUGGACGCUCUAGAGGCCAAAGUUAAUAUCCGAUUGACUUUAAAUUAAUACACAGUGUUUAAGGUCAUGAGACGAAGAAGCCUAUUGAUUUUUAGCAAUUUCCGAUAAUUACUGUCAGAUUUAUGGCCCUUGAUCACUUCAAAAAAUCUUGUGGACGCCCUAGAGGCCAAAGUUAAUAUCCAAUUGACUUUAAAUUUAUACACAGUGUUUAAGGUCUAAGACGAAGAAUCCUAUUGAUUUUCAGCGAUUUCCGAUAAUUACUGCCAGAGUUAUGGCCCUUGAUCACUUUGAAAAAUCUUGUGGACGCUCUAGAGGCCAAAGUUAAUAUCCGAUUGAUCUUAAAAUUAUACACAGUGUUUAGGAUCAUGAGACGAAGAAUUCUAUAAUUACUGCCAAAGUUAUGGCCCUUGAUCACUUUGCAAAAUCUUGUGACGCUCUAAAGGCUAAAGUUAUCAUCCGAUUGACUUCAGAUUGAUACACAGAGUUUAAGAUUUUGAGAGGAACGAGUAUAUUGAUUUUCAAUGAAUUUUUAUGACUUGGAACAGCUAAAUCCAUGAUAUUAAAAGUUUUGUAUACAAAACGUUAGCAUGGGGUAGAAGUUUAUAAAAACCAAACAAAUUCUAAUGGUUUUCUCAGUUGUUGCCCUUAAUCAGAUUUUAGUGUAUUAUAAUUGUUUCAUUACCAAAAAAAGUAAAAAUAUGCGACAACUCUUGUUGACUGCCCGAACGAUUUAGCUGCUGUGGGCGUAUGUUUCAUUGCCUGGCAACCUAUCUUUAAAUUAAAUCAUUAAAUGGCGAUCGAAUUUCAGUCUGUGUAUAUCUCCACUGUCCCAUGAUCUAGAGAGUUGAUUAUAGUCUUGUCAUGAGAGAGAGAGAGAGAGAGUUUAAUGUCCACUCGACUCAAACUAGGUCAUCUCGGGACUAACAUAUGGUUUAAUUUUAUUUCAAUAAUUCGCUUGCGCAUAGGGGUCUUUAGCAGUGGGAGGAAACUGGACCACCUGGAGAAAACCUAUGAGGUUGCACAGGCGACCCUACUCCUUGUCACGUACAACCGUUGAAUCGAAACCACGCCUGUUGACUCAAUGACAGACUUUAUGAUACAGCGCACGCACGCUAACCAUUCAGCCAUCCAACCCCCCUUAUAACAUUUGAAGCCAUAAUAAAAAAAACCUGCAAUAGUCAGAUUUAGUUCUUACAUAAUGCAUAUUUAUGUUUUAUUAUAGACUUUUAUAAUUUGUAACUCUUAAGACUUUAUGGUUAUUUCUAAAUGUUAAUGUUAUCUAUAAUGUAUGUCUAUUCCAUUCUUUUCUACAUUCUAAAAUUUGACUAAAUGACAAAGAUUUAAUACUUAGAAGAAGUAAAAGUAGGGCAACACAGCCUUAAUAGAGAGAGGAAAAUAGGGUUUAACGACCACUCAACACAAAUUAGUAUAUUUUGGGACUAACAGUAACAUGGUUCAAUUUUAUUUCAAUAAUUCGCUUGCAUGUAGGGGUCUUUAGCAGUGGGAUAAAAUCGUGGGUGGACCCAGAGAAAACCUACGAGGUUGGACAUGCAACCCUGCUUGGAAUCAAAACCACACAACUUGACUCAAUGACAGACGUUAAGAAUUGACACUGUAUAUACACAUAUCUUAUAAAUAUAAAUCAAAACAUUUUGUAUUUGUAUAUAUAUUGGUAUAUAUUGGGAAAGCUUUUCAAUGCAAGUAAGUAGAAAACUGCCAUAUUUAUAAGAGCAUUAAAUCUCAUCUGUGGAAAGGGUGUCAUAUAUUAUUUAGUCAUUUUAUCUGCUUUUACACUGAAUAUAUGUAAUCUAAUUUAAUAUCUUGUUUUAAUGACCUGUAAUAAUUGAACUGGAUAUACAGGACACAAUUCUAUGGAAUACAAUUGCUGUUGAUUACUGAGCCAUGACCAUUUAUUAACAAUGACAUUUGAACCUGGGUUUCUCUUGUCUGUUAACAUUUAUUAACGAUGACAUUUGGACCUGGUUUCUUCUGUUGUUAUCAUUUAUUAACGAUUACAUUUGAAUCUGGGUUUCUCUUGUCUGUUAACAUUUAUUAACAAUGACAUUUGGACCUGGUUUCUUCUGUCGGUUAUCAUUUAUUAACAAUGACAUUUGGACCUGGUUUCGUCUGUCGGUUAUCAUUUAUUAACAAUGACAAUUGGAAUGGGUUUCUCUAGUCUUCAUCCAACAAUGCUAGUCGAAAUAUAGAAUUGUGUCCUAUGUAAUAUAAACAUACAUUAUGCAAGAGCUAAAUCUGGCUUUUGCAGGUCUUUCUUAAGGCCUGAAAUGUUUUCUAAAAUGUUAUACAAACUAUUAAUUAGACAUUUAUUAACUUGAAAAGACCUUAAUCAACUCUCGAUGCCAUCUUAUGUGUCGGAUUGUCACAGGAUUUGAAUCCGAUCCGCUGCUCAAUGCCCAUUGAUGAUUAAAUCAAAAAAUGGAUAAUCAAGACUAUGUUUUUUAUCGUACCGACUUUAGUAAUGAUGACCGAGUCUAGGUUGAAAAACCAAUCACUAAUGUCUCGGUUUAGAGUGAAGCAAUUUGACUGAAAUUUUCAGCAUAAUUCCUUUACAUUAUCUAAGUUUUAACUAUUAUAGUGAGAACUGCCAGCUCUUAUCUAAAUCUUACAUAAUGUAUCUUUAAUACAAGUACAAUAUAAUUGUAUUGUUUUAUAAAUCCCUUUCAUGAAAUCACUCAAAAUAUAUCAUUCCCCAUUCAUCUUUUUCAUGCUAACUGAAUUUCGUAGACCAAUGACAAUUUGUUCAAUAAGUUUUAUAAAGAUGAGAAUGGCGUAGAUGUUAAGAUAGGUCUGUCAGUAGAACUGUAAAAUUAAAGGACAAUAUUGGUGUCAUUCAUUAUCACAUAUGUGAUAGAACUGGUUAAACACGUUCCAAUUAUAAUUUUAACACAGAGAUCAUUUCUACGAUAGAUGCUAGAUGCGUUAUGAAGCUUUUAAAAAAGGGAAGUGACAAAUGCAAAAGGAAAACAUGAGUUAUCCUUCUAUAUAAGUUAUAUAACUGACUUCCCUUUCUUGAAAGCUUCACAACGCAUCGAUAAUAGCAACAAUCUUUGUGUUAAAAUUAUAUUUGGAACGUGCUUAACCAGUUCUAUCACAUAUGUGAUAAUGAAUGACACCAAUAUUGUCCUUUAAGAAUGAUGUAGAUGUAUAGACAGGUUUAUCAAUAGAACCAGUAAUAUGUAUAUAUGUGUAUAUGAUGGAGUAUAUCAUGUGUUGUUUUUGUAAAUAAACCAAUUAUUACAAUA